CCCGCCGCCACGAUGGUGAAGCAGAUCCAGAGCGAGUCUGCUUUUCAGGAAGAUUCUGCAGGAGAUAAACUAGUAGUAGUAGACUUCUCAGCCACAUGGUAUGGGCCUUGCAAAAUGAUCAAGCCUUUCUUUCAUUCCCUUUGUGAAAAGUAUUCGGAUGUGGUGUUCCUUGAAGUAGAUGUGGAUGACUGUCAGGAUGUUGCCUCAGAGUGUGAUGACAAAUGUAUGCCAACCUUCCAGGUCUUUAAAAAGGGACAAAAAGUGGGCAAAUUUUCUGGCACUAAUAAGGAAAAACUUGAAGCUACCAUUAAUUAAUUCAUCUAAUCAUGAUCUCAUAACAUAACCUCAUCAGCUGUAUUUUUUUACUUACAAAAAAUAAAGACCAAAUAUGAAGAUUAUAUGCUCAUCUCCCAUUAAGACUAAGGAACAAUAAAAUAAUUGAUUUACCCUUUUAAAAAAUAAAUAAAAUAAAAAGAAAAACACUGAUAAAACCAUAGGAUAAGAGGGGUACAACUCCACACAAUUCCCACUACCAGAACUUCAUAUUCCCUCCCCUCCCCUGAUAGCUUUCCUAUUCUUUAACCCUCUGGGAGUAUGAACUCAGGGUCAUUAUGGGGUGCAGAAGGUGGAAGGCACUGGCAGUUCAAUCCGUACUUCCAGCCUGUCUCUCUCUUUCCCUAGUGGGGCAGGGCUGUGGGGAAGCAUGACUCCAGGACAC